GCGUCAAGAGCAUGGCACUGCGAUGUUGCUCUGUUUCUGUUAGAAAAGGGGGCUGAUAUCAACAAGGCAGAUAGGUAUGGACGGACGGCUAUGCAUGUUGCCGCUGCUGUGGAUUAUGCCGAAAUGAUUCAGUUUCUUUUUGAACAUGGGGGUGAGUGAUAGGUUCUGGGAAUUAUAAGUUGAAAUGGAUAAGGGGGAGGGGGGCAUAUAAAACACAAAAGGGGUGAUGAAAUAAAACAUUCUAAAGUUUCUUUAGUUCCAAAGGACCACCAGCACUUCUUUAGAAAUACGGUAAUAUAUAUGUUUUAAGUUAGUAACAUCUGUUACAUAUCAUUUAAUAAUUAAUCUCUAGAAAAAUUAUCUCCUGCUGUUUGCCAAAUGGCUAGACAAUGAAAGUUUUGUCUGCAAUGAGCAGAAAGCUACAGAUUGAGUUGGACUCAACUAUCUGAAAAAUAUGUAAGACUUCAUGCAAUGUUUCGAUCAAGGGUCAGUUCACUCAAAACGAAGAGCCUUCACUCAAAACAUCGAAGACUUUUCUUGUAUUUUUCAGGUAGUUGAAUCAAUCUCAGUUUUCUGGUGUUAUUGUCAAUGCCUACGCUGGCACAGUUUAUAUCUGCAAUCUGCAUUGGAGUUUAUAUCUGCAAUGGGCAGUCCUUCUGUCAUAUAUGAGCUCAUUACAUAAGGUUUGCACCCUUUAUUCAAGUAGAGAGGGGCCUGUACCGGUUUUGCAGGAUGCGUCUAAAAUUCAAGUGGGAUUCGGUAUUUUAAGAGAAAUAUUGGCGGGAAGCGAGAUUUUAUUCCAUUGCGGGAAGUGGGAUUAAUAAAUUAAAAUACCGUGGGGAUAUGCAGGAAUUAGACUAACCCACGAUUAGUGGGAUAAAUCAACAAAACUUGUAGCCGUACGUUAGCUGUCUAUUGUCAUUUGUUUGUGUGUUCAAAAUUUACUGUUUUCAAGGAUGAUAUCGAACAUUUGUCCCCCAUCAAUCCACCAUUUACAUGUAUGAUUGCUAAGAGUCACGAUUUAGAGUCAUUUAUUAUUUUAAACUUUGUUGUAUUGUAUUCUAGAUAGUGUAUUCAAAUUGUAUUUUAUGUCGUUACCAUAUUCUUUAAAUCAUAUUAUGUUGAACAGUGUUAAAAAAAAAGUCAGGAGCGGGAAAUUGGGAUGACGCGCAUGGCGGGAUAACAGGAUUUGAAGUGAAAAUCGGUCAGGAUGGCGGCAUUUUGGAACCCGCGGUACAGGCCCCUCAGUAGAAUUGCGGCAACCAGCUCCUCUGGCUGUUGCUCACUACUACUUUUUGGUUUGAAAUUUCAAAAUAUUUAAUUAUUUUUAACUCCUACAAUAUGCUUUAUUUUUCUUCCUGUAUUUAAAAAAAAUGUAAUAUGAAACAGUGUCAAUAAAAUUUUGAAUUGAAUUUUGAAAUGAAUAGAAGCAUGCACCUUCCUCCUCUAAAUAUAUUGACAAACAAUGUGUCUUUUACCUCUCCAUUACAGCUGACUUGAGUGCUCGUACGUAUGGUGAAAAUCAAACCCCGGUACAUUACGCUGCAAAGAAUGAUGCAGACAAUGCAUUACAGGAGUUGAUAAAUAUUGGUGCAGAUGUGAAUUGUAGAGAUUACAAACAGAGGACACCCUUGCAUGUGGCUGCUGAAUUGGGUAUGUUGUUGGUGUGACAUGAUGUUGUCUUUAAGGCUUUUUGUCUGCUAUUAAACUGUUCAAGUUUUCUCAGAUUGGUCAGUUAGUUAGACAAUCAAUCAGUUAGGGACAGCCCCCGUGGACCGGGCCGUACGCAGGUUUUUUCACCAGGGGGCCAGCAAUACCUAUAUGCUGAAAUAGGCACCGAAAUCAUCAAAAUGUCAAUGCAUUCAGAGUGAUAUCAGUUAGAUACAUGCUUAUCCUUAUGGCUGCCCCAUACAGAAUCAAAUAAAAUUAUUCUGAUUCACAACUGCUAUUUGGCUUAAUAAUUUAUAACGUUAAGUAUAUGGUUAGUUUAGUGAAUGAGUUAUGGUCCUAUCAAUCAACAGAUCAGUGAAUCAACAUGUGAUUAACCUUGCCUUUAGAUCGUUCAGAAACAGCAAAAUUACUUAUUUCCCUCGACGUACCUGCUGGAGUUUGUGACGAGAAUGGCGUGACUGCAAUGUCCUUGAUGGUCUCAAAAAUGCCACCAGUUGCAAAAGAAGCAUUGGACCAAUUUCACAGCCUGGACCGAGCUAACCGCAAACAGUACUACUACCUAAACCAUCUAGAACCCGGCAAGCCCGGCGAAGAUGGCCAUGUCUUUGCAAAAACACCUCUGGAGGAGGCUGUACGCUACAAACAAAUGGAUCUUAUCAUGCAUCCAGUGUUCAAACGACUUAUUCAAGUCAAGUGGGAACAUUUCGGCAAAACUGGUUCGAUGAUUCAAGUUUUUGUGCAGCUGUUGUAUUGUUUACUAUGGACGGUGUUGGGAAUAACCCUCCCUCGGACGGCCGCGUCCAGCUGGAGUUACUACGACCCACCCAGUAAAUACUGGUGGAGAAUUGUGUUAGAAUCUUUAGCUGUCAGUAUUACUGCCUUGUUCAUUUGGCAAGAAAUUGCUGAGGUAGAUUUUGUUUAAUUAAAAUCUCCCCAUUGCAAUUUUACUGUCUAAAACCGUAGGCAGCCCAGCCAAUAUAUGUAUUCACUUAAAGGGGAAGUCAAGUCCGUUCUGCGCAUCGGUUCUGCGCAUAACAAUAGAGGGCCCUCUGAGGUAAACAUUGCCCAAAUUUUGAAUGUUUCGAAUUUUUCUGAACACAAACUCUAUUUCAUAUUCAUGUAGAAGCAUAACGAACCAAAAUGGUGUUAGAUAUUCAGACAGUACAUCAUAUUUUAAAAAAUACAGCAGUUCAAAAUGUAAACAAACCGUUUGUUUACAUUACGGACUUGACUUCCCCUUUAAGAAUGCGUUAAAGGCUUAAAAAUGCGAAUAAAGUUCGUUUGAUUUUGCUAUCCAGUGAUUUGUGUAGCUCAUUAUUAAACUGAGUAGAUACAUACAGAGCUGUAACUGGCCGUCGUAUAAACACUAUAAACACUAGCUUUCAUGUACCCACUUUUUUUCAGGCAACCGGGCAAAAGUGAUCACCUGUGCGUGGUCGGCAAGUUCCGCGAGCAGUUAAAGCGAGCCGCCAUCCAAUGGGAUGCAUGCAUCUAGUAACUUGCCAAGUAUCAGUAUGCGCACAAAAAAAGUGGGUACACUAGUUAUAACUCUGUAUAUGUAUCUACUCUGUGUCAUUAUGUAUGCAGAUUCACAUGGUUACGUCAUUAUGACAAUACAAUGACGUAACCAUGUGAAUCUCCAUACAUAAUGAGCUACAUAAUAAAUCACUUGAUAGUCAAAAUGAGACGAACUUUAUCAGACGAAUCGUAUUUUUUAAGUGAAUACAAUCAUGGCUAAAAUCAAGUCCAUGGUUUUUUCCAGAUCUUCCUAUAUUUUACGUUCUACGAUUCAUGUAGGUUCACCAGUCUCGAAAACAACACGAGAGAUGGAAAAAUUGGAGAAUUGAGGAACUAAAUCGUGAUCUAAAGUAUUGUCACCCCCGCUGGCCCGAGGAAUGCAAGUAUAUCGAGAUGGAAAUUGCCAGUAUUUCAUCACAAGGAAUAUCAUAUUUCGAAAGUUACUGGAAUUAUUUUGAUUGGGUGACCUAUUUCGGGAUACUAACGGUCAUUCUGACGCGAAUUCUAUCCGUUGCCAUUGACAACAGUACAGCCAACGAGCUUCACCCUAAGGUUGGGAAUUUCGUUUGUUCAAAGUUCUAAGCCUAAACCAACUUUAUUUAUACUGGAUAGCUCUAUCAGUACUAGUUAUCAGUUAUAAACUGUCCUCCCCUAGAGGUCCAGUAAGAGUCAUCUUUUAGUGAUCCAGUGUUACUACAUGAGGAAACCUAAACUAAACUAAACUAACUUUAUUUAGUACUGGAUAGCUCUAUCAGUUCUGAACUGUUCUUCCUAGAGGUCCCGUAGGAGUAAUCUCUUAUUGAUUCAGUGUUACUACAGGAGGAAACCUGAACUAAACUAACUUUAUUUAUACUGAGUAGCUCUAUCAGUUCUGAACUGUUCUAUCUAUAGGUCCUGUAAACAUCUCCUCUUGGACAAGUGUUGCUACAGGAGGUCCGAGGAAACCUAAACUAAAAUCUAAAUUAACUUUGUUUCUACUGGAUAGUUUUGUAAGUUCCAAACUGUUCCUAUGGGCCAUCCGUUAUUGGUCAAAUAUUUCUACGAGAGGGAACCACCAGGAGAACACCAGUAGUGUUUGCUAGAGUCAAACUACCAGCACUGUUCUCACAUACGACUGAGUCGAAAUUAUAAUAAGACAACUGCAUAUUGUCGGAAUCCAACUGGGGGGAAACAAUGUGUCUUCAGAAACUGUGAUAUAAUGUUAGAUGUAAUAUUUCAAAUCCGACUAUGUGGACUGGACUAGAUUUCAAGUUCGCGCAAUUUGAUCACGUCCGAGGCGAGGCCGAGGACUGGAUCAAAAUGCAUGCGAGGAAUUUGAAAUCUAGUCCAGUCCUCAUAGUCGGAUUUGAAAUCACAUCUCAUGCGAAUAAAUCACUAUUUAAUUAAUUUUGAUCCAGUUCAAGGACUGAAUUAAUUUUGAUCCAGUCCUAGGACUGGAUCAAUGUACUUCACCAGGCAUCUAGUAUUAUCAUGUGAGCAAAAUAAAGCAAUAUGGUUGGCUAAUUUACUCAUGAAUUAUUAAGAGGCAACUUUUUUCAAUAUCACGUAUUUGCAAUGAAAAGUGUUCAAAACCUAAAAUCUUUUUGGCGUUCCUCUCAAAAUUACUUUGUUUUAGCUUUAUUCUCUAGUUUAUAGAGUUAGCUACCUUUUUAAAUGCAUCUUCCGGUUGAGAAACAUAAAAUAAUAGUUAAAAAUUGGCAAUUAAAAUACAAUUAUCAAUGUUGCUUUAAAAUUGACGCCUUAUUUACAGCCAUAUAUGAGCAAAACUUACUGAACUUCAGACAUAAUUUUCUCUUUGGCGUAUCAUCUAAAAUCUCUUCAUUUUAGCAUUAUUUUACAGAUAAAGCACUAAACAUACUUUUUAAGUUUGUUUGCCGAUUGAGAAACGUAUCGAAAAAUAAAAUUUUCAAUUUAGUCAUAACCUCAAGUGAUAUAUUAUACGCAUUAGUUUUGAGCGCGUGUUACGUAACAUACAAAAAGUCUCUUAAUGAGUUUGAGAUAAACAAAUCAUUCCAAAUCUUUUUCCAGAUCAUGUCAAUUUCUCUAAUCUUCAUUUGGCUACGACUGAUGAAAGUCUUCCGUGCGUUUGAAGCUCUUGGUCCAUUCAUCGUCAUGAUCGGCCAUCUCCUCAAAGAUACGCUCAUCUUCGGAUUCCUUUACGUGAUGUUCUACAUUCCGUUCGUCUGUGCGUUCUGGAUAAAUUUCGGCGGGGAUGUAAACGCCGAAAAAAUGAAACAAGCCGGACAGGAUUCGGAAGGCUGGCGCACAUUUAAUAAUUUAAUGUAUUCGGUCUGGGAGAUCACUGUCGUUGGAAAUUAUCCGUGGGAUUCGUUGUUGGUCAUAGAUCGAAUCAUGGCACAAAUCUUAUGCGGGACUUAUUUGGCUGUGUCGGCUAUUGUCUGUUUGAAUCUGUUUAUCGCGCUAAUGUCUGAUACGUUUCAGAGGGUGUAUGAUAAUGCGAAUGCUAAUGCUGUCAUGCAGAAGGCAAGCACGAUUCUCUCGCUCGAAACAGAUAUGUCGGGAAGACGUAGAGAUAUGUUCAUGAAUCAUAUUCACACCAGCUGCGCCCCUGAGGUAAGGAACACACUUUUACUUAUGGUAGAAGGCUUCUGUAGAUGGUAUUAGACAGAUUUAGAUCGAGGACGCGGACGUCAAAGACGACGUGAAAAUGGCGUCAUAAUGGCGUGGCAUAUCCAUGCAUGGGCACAACACGACAUUUUCACGUCGUCUUUGACGUCCGCGUCCUCAAUCUAAAUCUGUCUAUUUGAGUGUACGGCGAAUUUCGCCAGCGCUAAGAAGACAUUUGACAGCCAUUCGCCGGAGGCUGUGUGUAAUUCGCCGGUACUUGCAGUCAUGACAACCUGAAAUUUUUAGCUCAGUCUUGCACUCGGACAAUAUACCAAAUAGACAAAGCUUGCAAGCCUUUGCCCACCACUCAACUCACAGUGUCAGUGCCUUUGAAGCUUCGACCUACCAUUCUUUGCAUACUCGCUUCGCUCAUCAAUUAAUAGCCGGAGCCUCAGUAGAGCAAAACAGUAUUGGCCACACCCAAAUUAUUAUUAGCCAGGACUUCAAACGGAUACCUUAAGGACUGUCUCUCUGUAGCUCAGUGUGCGCACAGGCUACAGUAAGAAUCCUAGCCUGCGAACAGGCCCUCAAGCUGAAUUGAGAGCCUGCAUCGAUGACCAAUAAAUUUGAAUAUCUGCGUCUCAAAUCGUGACGCGAUAUUCUCAUUGGUCAGAUGCUAUAAUUUAUAUGUUUCCGCUGAGCUCUAUAUAUGCCAACUGCUGAUGCACUAUGCAUAAAAAACACAUUAACUGAUCAAAUUGGUCUUGGCCAUCUUAUCUCAAAGCACGAAAUGUUCUGUUUUGAGAAAACAGUAUUUAAAACAUUUGAACUUUUGCUUGAAUAUCUUAUAUUUCGAAAAACAGUAUAAACUGUACGGUCUAAAUUUAGUUUGCACGGUCUAAAUUUAGUUUGCGCGAAAGUUGUAAACACUACCAUAUAAGGAUAGACAUUCCAUAUUUGGAAAAACGAACGUUACGGGGCAGAUAUUCAAAUUCAUUAGCCAUCGAUGCAGGCUCUCAAUUCAGCUUGAGAGCCUGUUCGCAGGCUAUAAGAAUCCUACCUAGUUAGAGCACUGCACCAGGGACGCAGGUGCGUUUCCUGUCAGAGGGCCAGUUGCAUUUUUCACAACUGCGCCUGUUUAGGGUCUAACAAAUGUAUAAAAAUUCACACUCAAAAUCACCAUCUACAAAUCCCUUCGACGAUCAUUUUUUGUUAGGCCUUGUGUGAUGACACAGUCUUCUUUGUAGUUAAAAUGUCUGCACGUACACUAAUGUUAUACAACAGUAUAUGAUGUAUUGUUCUCUGAUUCUGUAUUAUAGGAGAUGUACUAUGACGAUGACUCGGUCGAACCGGACUCGGGUGAACUGGAAAAACUUACGCAUCAGAUAAAUGAUAAAGUUGUGGAAGUUGAAGAAAUGGUGAAAACAUCUUUAGAGGAAAGGAAAAAUGAAACUUUUCAGAAUAAACAAUCUGUAGACAGGUAAUGCUUGAAGUAGGGAUCAAUAUUACCUUCCUUGCCACAGGAAGAAACCUAAACUAAACUAAACUAAUUUUAUUUAUACUGGAUAGCUCUAUCAGUUCUAAACUGUUCUCCCUAAAGGUCCUGUAAGAAUCAUCCCUUAUUGACCCAAUGUUACCACAGGAGGAGGAAACCUACACUAAUUUUAUACUGGAUAGCUCUAUUAGUUCUAAAAUGUUCUCCUAUGUUCAGUAAGGAUCAUCUCUUAUUGAUCCAGUGUUACUACAGGAGGAAACCUAAACUAAUACCAGGCAUAUUUUUCAAGCCUGCCCGGUGUGGAUAUACACUCAGAGUAACAUCACAAGCAUCAGUUCUAAACUGUUCUCCCCAGAGGUCAAAGAAUGACCAUCUCUGCGUUUGUCCAGUGUUGGGACAUGCAGUGAAAAUUGGGAUAUGUGGGGAAAACCUGAGGUGUCACAUGCAACCAUGAGGUGUCAUGUUCUCCAGGAAAGAACAGUUUAGAGCUACCCAGAGUUAAAUGAGCUUUGUUCUUUAUGUAGUUUGCGUGAAGACUUACUGCAGGUGAUUGAACGUCAAAAUUAUGAAAUGACAGCCAUGAAAAGAGAUCUAACUGAUAUCAAGCGUCUCCUCGCGCAAACUCUCGUCCAAGGACAAGUGCAGACGUCAGCCUCUAUCACUCUGCCCACCAAUGCGAUGCCAGCUCGAACCGAAGGCCCUGGGUCUAGUAAACCCCACAAGCAUCAUGGGAAAGCCUCGCGGAUGGGACCACAAGAUAGCAUACACCAGGAUGCGAAUCGAGCAGAUGACGAGCCUGGUCGAAGCACUUUGCUACCUCAAGUAGACUCAAGACGAAGACAUAUAGCCACCGGCACUUCGUCACUACCGGGGAUUGAUAUUCGUAGACAGCCCGCGAGAGAUGUAGCGCUCGUAGCUCCCCGACAGGACCCGGGAACGAAUGGGUCAGCUUGCUGAUGUUGUACUCGUCAUGAGAUAAUUUUGAGUUUACUAGUGUAGGGGCUGUUCAUAUGAGUCGGGCCAAUCCAUCUUGCGGAUAAUAUAGCCCUGCCAAGUUUGCCGUUUUUUAGUCAUUUUGUAUUACGCACGGGAAAUUGAUACCUUUUUUCAGAAAACAGUAUCAAUUUCCCUUACGUAAUACAAAAUGACUGAAAAACGGCAAACUUCGCGGGACAACAUUUCGCAACGAAACUUCGGAAUAUUACUAAUUUUGUGACUAUUACUAGACUUGUCUAGAUCAAAAUUUUGUUAAUUAGGUAAUAGGUCCAAGCCAUGAUAAGAGCUUUAUUAAACGAUUCAUCCCGAUUAACCGGGCCAGCCCAAGGCCAGCCCGACUCCAAAUGAACAGCCCCUUAGGCCUGGGCAAAUUAGCCUGGCAAUAUACGUUUGAAAAUGUUAACUUGAUGUUUUUUUAUACAUUCCACCAUUUGUCCACCCUUGGAAACAGUCGCUGUUGGGAAAGUUUAAUAUAGAAUAAUGUAAUAUAGACAUAGUGGUUGAUAUAGAUAGUUCUUUAAAAAUAUUUUUAUGCAGUCAUUGUCAACGGCA